AUGUCGCUAAAAUUACUUGGUAAAAAAUGUAUUGUAACGGGUGGCUCACGUGGUAUAGGCCUAGAAAUUGCCAAACGGUUCUCUAGUGAAGGUGCCUCGCUCCUUUUAUUAUCAACAAACAACGAUCACUUAGCAGCGGCUUUACCGCAAUUAUCUACUGUGGCACCCGACCAGUCUCAUUCAGUUACGCAAUUCGAUGUUUCAUGUGGACGGAACUUUACUGAUUCGGAUCUGCCAGAAAAAUGGCCACAUAAGAUCAAUGAUGUUGAUAUUGUAGUGAACAGUGCCGGAAUAUCACAAGCGGCGUUGUUGAUGAAAAUGAAACCAGAGAACAUUGACCACCUAUUGAGAGUCAAUUUGUUAGGAUCCAUAUUGAUGAGCCAGUCAUUUGUGAGAUCUAUGGUACGAAAAAGAUCUGGUAAUAUCAUUAACCUCACAUCGGUAUUGGGCUCACGAGGUGUAACAGGAACUUCAGUAUACGCCGCAUCAAAAGCUGGUAUAGUCGGUUUCACCAAAUCAUUGGCUGUCGAGCUGGGGUCAAAGAACGUGAGAGUUAAUUGUCUGUCUCUUGGUCUAGCAAAUACGGAUAUGGGUCGAGCUGUGGCACCUGCUGUCAAAGAUUACUUCAUGGCCAAUACACCAUUGGGUGAAUUAGUUAGCCCUGAAGACGCGGCUGAGGCAGCUCUAUUCCUUGCUACAAACUCAAAAAUCACUGGUACUGUGUUGACAGUAGAUGGUGGAUUCAUCUCUUAG